UGGUUUCUUCAACACCGGCCGCCAUUUUGAAACAAGCCUCCGGUAAAAAAAAAAAAACUCGUCCGACGACGGAAACGUUGACUUUCGUUAUCGAAGUCCGCUACAACAACAACAAAAAACAUACUUGAUCCAGAUACAGCAUGACUGACGCAGCAUCUCUGCAAUCACCCAGGUAUCCUAGCCUUCAGCAUCUGUACACACGGGGUACAUUUUAUGAUGUUGGAUAUAAUGUGGGUGUGACUUUCAGUAGAAAUAUCCACCUCUUCAAGGCCAGUUCACAGAGGAUACAAGAGAAGCUUCUACCAUUUUAUGACAGUCGCACAGGGAGGGAAUAUUUUGAGGAGAGCCUCAAGAUAAGUCAGCAAAGUUUUCCAUACUAUGUCUGUGAAAUCCAGGGAAUGGCUGAAGGGGCAGGUGUACCAUUUGAACAAAUGUUCCUAUUAAACAUUUCCCCAGAAGCAUAUGCCCUACAAUCUGAGAUUGAAAGCAGAAGUCAGGUCACAGAAAGCACAACUAUCAAACCAUCAGCUGACAGCUGUGGAUGUACCACUGUUCUGAUCAACAACAUGAAUACCAAACUUCACAUUCACAAUGAAGACAGUGAUUCGAUGGUGAAACCCUUUGGUUACUUGUUGUCAGCUGACAUUGACGAGGAUGGUGUGAAAGAGCAGUUCACAGCAUUUUGCUAUCCCGGCAUUCUACCAGGGCGAGCAUUUGGUUUCAAUAUGCAUGGGUUGACCAUAUCUGUGAACUCCUUGUCUCCCCUUCAGGUUUUGAGAGGAUCACCAAGUCAUUUGUUCCUGCACCGAGCUGUCCUCGGGGGACGUGAUGUGCAAGAUGUAUGCAGAAUUCUUGAAAACGGGGGGCUUGGGGCAGCCUAUGGGUUCUGCACUAAUCUAUGCACUGCUGACAAAGAAAUGUUUUCGAUUGAGCUCGCUCCAGGCCAGCCCAAGCCACAUGUGCAUGUACACCAAGUUCCAGAACAAAAGCACUGUGAUACUAGCAGCCACUAUUUCCACUUUAACUGUUAUGAGCACCUCAAGGUUGCAGAAAAGCAGAGUGCCCUUCCUAGUUCCACACAUCGAGCUAAGAGAGUUCUUGAGUUCCCUGCUCCUACCAACCUGCAGGAAGCCUUAGUUAUUAUGAGUGAUGCACAUAACUACAAGUGGCCAAUAUUCCGCAGCCAGGGCACACCUGGUUUAUCAGAAACAGUGGCCACAGCAGUGUUCGACGUAGCACAACGAUUUGUGCAGGUGUACCAAGAUAAGCCCUCAGAACCAGGCAAUGCACCGAUUUAUACUUUGCCUAUGUACAGGUGAUUUGUGCAGCUGUUAGGUGCUGUAUAACAAAGAACAGAUAUGUCAGGAAAAAAGUACAUAAAGGGAGACACUAGAAACAGAUAACUGUUUGUCAAAGACAGUUAAACAAGUUGAUGAAAAUGAAGUAUAUUUUGAGAGAAGACUCUAAUGAAAGCAAAUGUUAUUACAGACAAAGCAGAAGCGAUUUUUGCUAUGACUUUCUCCUGCAAGCUAUAUACUAUAGCAAGUUGUUAAUUGGCUGCUUGCCUGUUGCCAAUACAUAAUGAUGCAUUCUUUUGAUUCCUUCAGUAGCAGCACCAUUUUUUUACAAAAAAAAAGAGAGAGUUCGUGAGAGGGAGAGAGUGUGCAUGUGUAUUUUCAGCGUUCUUUUUGGGUUUUGUAGGAUGUACAAUUGAAUAAGACUAUAUCAUAAUCAUUGUCAUUGUCUCAUGCUUCUGUAUCCUCCUUACUCAGGGUUACUUCCCUUGUCACAUUCAGAGACGGUGUGCAUGUAUGUCUCGAAAAUAUUUUUGCUCAAGAACACCCUGUACGUUAUUGUAAAAAAUAAUGAAACAAUAGAAAUGACAAAUAUGUGAACGAAUGUUUGAUCCGUGUAAUCAAGAACUAUCUACUGCAGAUAUUAAGAAGUAAUUGAAUUGAUAUGAAAAUGUGUGUGACUGAUCGAAAUGAUGGCUAAUAAACCAAUAUCACGAAAAGAA